GAACAAGUUGACGUAUUUCCGGUUACUGACGCGCCAAAAUCGAAAACAAAAAUGGCCGUCGUUUGUUGACAUUUUGUUGACGUUCCUGUUUUCCCCUCAAAACUGUCACAGCGGCUCAAAUAAAAUCGCAUUAUUUGACACUCGGGCAGUUCUUAACAGCACUUUUUCAACAAUCAGACUGUCAAGUGGACCGAAUUUACUGGUCAAAGGCUGAGAAGAAUUGUCGCUUGUCACCACCCGGAGUUCCUUCUGCCGGUGCGGCUGCAGCGUACACAGAGGUGGACAAAUAAAUACGCCAGCGAGGAUGGAAAAGUGGAGCGAGCGUCUGAAGAAGGUGGAGCAGCUGGCCGAGGCCUUCCAUCACAGUCCCGUGAUCCCUCGCUACAGGCCUCGACUUUGGCCGUGCCAGCCUUCCUCCGUCUGGAAGCUCUUCCAUCGCCAAAGUAUGGCGAUCGGCUUUGCUCAGAGCUGCAAGGAGCCUGUGCAUGUGUUUGCGCUGGAAAAGGAGAAGGCUCCCCGGGGUCAAAGGAUAUUCCUGGUGACCAGUUACAGUGAACUGUGGCACUACUACAGGACCUACACGCAGUCCUUGAUGCACUGCUACGAGGUGAUACCAGAGGGCGCUGUUUGCAAGCUGUACUUUGACUUGGAGUUCCACAAGCCCUCAAACAGAGAGGCCGACGGGAAAAAGAUGGUGUCCAUGUUGAUCCAGUAUGUUUGUCAAAAGCUGAAGGACGUUUAUGGGGUUGAAUGCUCCGCAGCAAACAUCCUCAGUCUGGACUCCAGCACAGAUGACAAAUUCAGUCGUCAUCUCAUCUUCAACCUCCAAAAUGCGUCUUUCAAAGACAACAUUCACGUCGGGGCCUUUCUUCAUGCCAUUCUUCAACCUGUCCUGGAUGGACACAAUGAAGGGGGAAGUACGCAGACCAAAAGACAGAAACAUGAAGAGACUGACCUCAGUUUCCUUCACGUGAAAAACAAGGAUGGCCACCGUGCUCUUUUUGUUGAUCUCGGAGUCUACACCAAGAACAGAAAUUUCCGUCUUUACAAGUCAUCCAAGGUCGGGAAGAACGCUGCCUUCUCCUUAGCGGACGACAACAAGUUCAUCUCCAAGCCCAACGAGGGCGUUUCUGCAGAGGAAAGUGUGUUCUUAGCGUCUUUAGUGUGCAACGUGAGCUUCACAGGCCAGAGAAUUCUGAUGUGGGAAGCCACGGACGCUGAGGCUUUUAGGACCACCAGGGGUCAGAGCCAGCAGGGCUUACCAUCUGAUCCAGGCGAGGACGAAAAAGUCAUCCUGUUGGGCUCGCGCUCGAGCUGCCUGACGUCUCCUCACCGAGAAGUGGAUGACUUUGUGUUAACGGUGGUGAGGAGGGACGCCAUUCGAGGAAGCAUCAGGCGGUGGAACUACUUUGCCGCCGAGCAGCUGCUGGUCUAUGACAUCGCCAAGUACCGCUGGUGUGACAACGUGGGCCGCUUUCACAAAAGCAACAACAUCAUGAUUGUGGUGGAUCUCAAAGAGGAAGUGUGGUACCAGAAGUGUCAUGAUCCUGAGUGCAGGAACUUCAGAUCCUCAAGUCACCCACUGCCACAGGAGAUCUGCAUCAGCUACAUGAUGAUGCUGGACGAGGAGGACCAGGCAUACAUGAUGGAUGAGGCAGGCAACAUUGAACCCAGACAGGCACCAAAGCCGGCGCCUGGGGAUCAGGAAUUUGGCGACGCGUGGGGAAGAGGCGCCGAGGACGACCGGGAAUUCUCGGACUGCCUCGACGACUUUGAGCUGAACGCCGACGAAAUCUCUGAUGAGCUGCUGCUCGGCUGCGUGGAAGAUUUCCAUUGACAGUAAAAGGUGAUGCGAGUCCAAGAGAAGUUACCGAUGCACUUUAUUGAACUGUUAAGUCUCAUUUGUACUCACAACUUCAGCACAAAACAGCAAAAAAAAAAAAAAAAUUUAUACAUUAUUGUACAAACACAAUGUGAUUUGAACAGGUAGGGUCUCAAUUCCAAACAUCAUGAUUCACCGUUAAGCCGAGUGAUGUGACAAAGGCAGAAUUAAAAGCACAGCUAUUACGUGCUUCCAUUUGAAGCGUUCACAAAAACAAGCUAAACCCCACCUGCGUAAAAGGUACCAGGCCACAUGGCUGAAAAACGGGAAUGCAAAUUUAUUCAAAAAAUACUGUAUUUUAUUAUUAUGUGUCAUAAUAUUAGGCACAAUUCAAAUAUUAUUCACCUGUAAUGACAUCAUUAAAUAUCCACUAACAUGACAAAACCAGGGAGUUUGAGACCUCCAGUUUACACAAGUCGUACUGUAUUUGUCCAUUGUGCUUUAUAACCCCUAUACUCGGAUAAAUAAAACCACUCACAUGAUUUGGUGCCCUGUUGAGGAAAGCUUAGUGUUAAAAAAUAAAGAUGGUACACUUUUCAAACUGAGCACCGCCAUCAACCACCACACAUACACACAAAAAAAAAAACGUCCAGAUUGGCUUUGGCAGACAUGUUCCCAUUCAAGUGUAAACUUCUCACUACCCUCGCUUAGACCUUAACGCCGGCAUAAAGUUCAUCUAGUUGCGCUCUAAAGUGACUCAGAAGUUCUGCCCUCUUAGCCUUGAGCGUUGGUGUCAGCAAGCCAUUCUGCACAGAGAACAUUUCCGGAUGUAACGCAAUGUCUCUCACCUGAAGAGAGAGAAAAAAAAAAUGGAGGAUAUAUAGUCAGGCUACAUACAGUAGAUAAUAGAGGCUAAUUUUGUCUUUUAUUUUGUUAAAAUACAGGGGGAAGUAUGCAGUUCAUUGUUUUAGAUCUUAAGUUGGACUAAAUCCAAUGUACAUUUUGAAGUUUGUCUCUGUUGAUGAUGAGUGUGUUAUAGAGCUACCGUAAUUUCGCGUGUAUAAUGUGCACCUAUGUAUAAUACGCACCCCCAAAGUUGACCUAAAAAUCCUGGGAAACCCUUCUACCUUUGUAUAAUGCAUUUUUACAAUACAUGAUUUUGCUUCUACCCAUAUGAUCAAAACGAAGUAUGAUCUGUAUUUUGUUAGUUUUUUCAAAUAAUUGUUCUGAAGUUAAGCACUUUAUUUGCACAUGUAAUAAAUACUUUUUUUAUUUAAUUGCUCUAAUUUUGAA